AAUCACCGGUAACUGGAGCGGUGUGAAACUGAAGAAAAGGGAAUUCUAUCGUUGAAAGCAGAAAAUAAGUCAACAUGCAGGUGUUCGUUUUGGCCUUAGCUGGCAUGUUGUCAACAGCAACAGCUAUGUACUCGGCGGGUGACAGUGUCGUUGAGUUAACACCUGCCAACUUUGAUAAGGAGGUGAUGAGGAGUGAUGAAUUGUGGCUCAUUGAGUUCUAUGCUCCAUGGUGUGGUCAUUGUCAGUCCCUGGCUCCUGAAUGGAAGAAAGCAGCUAAAGCCCUGAAGGGUGUGGUUAAGGUGGCUGCUGUAGAUGCUGAUGCUCAUGGACAACUGGGUCAGAGAUAUGGUGUUCAGGGAUUCCCCACCAUUAAAAUUUUCGGGGCCAAUAAAAACAAACCAGAGGAUUAUCAAGGUGGACGUACAGCUAAUGCCAUCAUUGAUACAGCAAUGUCGAAGGUCAAGGCCAUGGUGAAUGACCGUAUGAGUGGCCGAGGAGGUAGCAGCGGUGGUGGAAGUGGUGGUGGAUCACAGUCUGGAGAUCCCAAGGAUGUGAUUGAGCUGACAGAUGGAAACUUCCAGAAUUUGGUACUGGAUAGUGAAGACCUCUGGUUAGUGGAGUUUUUUGCACCAUGGUGUGGUCACUGUAAGAACCUUGCACCACAUUGGCAGUCAGCUGCCUCACAACUGAAAGGCAAAGUCAAGUUUGGAGCUGUGGAUGCUACUGUACACACUGUGUAUGCUGGCAGAUACGGGGUACGUGGCUACCCAACCAUCAAGAUGUUCCCAGGGGGAAAGAAAGAUGGGGAGGCUGUUGAUUAUGACGGAGGUCGAACAGCUUCAGAUAUUGUUGCUUGGGCAACUGAAAAAGUAGCUGCUAAUAUUCCACCCCCUGAAAUCUACCAGGUGACAUCUCAGGAUACUAUAAAGGAGAACUGCCAGGACCACCAGAUUUGUGUUGUGGCUGUCUUGCCACAUAUUCUUGAUUGCCAGGCAGACUGUAGGAACAACUACCUAUCAAUUCUAAAACGCCUGGGAGAAAAGUACAAGAAAAACCAGUGGGGAUGGGUUUGGUCCGAGGCUGCAGCCCAGCCAGAGCUCGAGUCGGCCCUUGGUAUUGGAGGGUUUGGUUACCCAGCAAUGGUAGCUCUUAAUUCAAGAAAGAUGGUUUACGUUCUACUGAAGGGACCAUUCAGCGAGAGUGGCAUCAAUGAAUAUCUGAGGGACCUGUCAUAUGGCAAAGGGUCCUCAGUACCAAUGAGAGAAAAGGAGCUACCCACAGUACAGAAUCUGGAACCCUGGGAUGGAAAAGAUGGAGAGAUGUACGUGGAAGAAGAAAUCGAUCUGAGCGAUGUUGAACUGGACGACCUCAAGGAUGAACUAUGAUUUAGAAAACCAGAAUUUAUUUAUCAUUUUAUGUAUGUAAAGUUAGUGAGAAUGGUGUUUGAUGAAAAUUCAGUGUGGAAAGUUGUAUGUAGAAUUGUACAAGUUUGUUUAAGUUACAGUAUGAAAGACUACCAGAGAGGAUCAAUUGUGUGUAAUUUUGUAUGGCAUUGAACAUUUACAGUAUGGAAAAGUGUGUGAAAAUGUAUGCUGUUAUGUUUACAUAUUGUUACUUCAGAAACAACAGCCUCACAAGCAGAGGUUUUCUAGAAGUGUAAACAGCUGGUGCUCCCUCCCUAGAUAAGAUAUUAAUCUACAUUGCUGUUAUCACAUUGAAGAGUCAUGUACAGGUGUUGUGCUGCAUCUUACCUGUGUGAUUUAGGUAAGAAUGUGUUUUGAUCAUGUAUGGGUCAGAAAUUCCAUCCCAAGACUGUGGUUUUAAUUUCUUUCCUUCUAUCCAAAACUAACUGGUAGAAUAAGCAGUCUUUGUUAUAGAAAAACAUUUGUUCACAAUUAUGAUAAUUCCAUACUGGAUGUGUUUCAGAAAUGAUUGUUCACAACAGUACAUUCAGAUUUGGAUCAUUGUAGAUCAACAUAAAAUUGUACCAGUUUUCUUUAUACGUAACUUGAAGGACAUAGGAUACCAGUUAUUUCUUUCAUGAAAUGAUGGACCAUUGUUAGAUAUGUACAUAGUAAAUGUAAUAUAGAUUGUUGUGGACCUGUGAGUUGGAGUUACUGGCAAAGAUUUUGUGUGUUGUAGACUUUUGUAUGGCUCAAUGUUACCUAUAGCAAGCCUAGUCUACACAUCAUUUCUAUGCCAAGAAUACAGAUUAUUAAGGUAUUUGACUAAGUACCUGAUGAAAGCCAAGCAUUUUGUGAUUAUAUAUUGUCAUUCCUGUAGCGUGAAAAGUACAUUGUAGGUUCCUGAAUUUGAUCUUCUGCAUGCAUCCCCCCUUGAUUCGUUACGACCACUGGUGUUGGUGUUGUAUGUGUGUAUAGACGGUGUUUAGAUUUCACCCUUGUGGUUUUUUCGUCAUUGUUUCAUUCCCUAGUCAUUUGAUAAUACACUGAGUUAUCCAAAUAUAGAUUAAGAGUUAAAUAUUGAGUGGUUUGUUGGUCCAUCUCUGGUGUUAAAAGCCUUAAUAUCUUUACUACAAAAAUAUAUUUCAAGGGCAGAUGCUUUUACAGAUGUUUCGUAUGAUACCAGGUACCUCAUUCAUUCUUUUAUUGGUAGCUGAUGAUUUUUGUAGAGGUUUGAUAGUUUAUUCUGAAACGUAAACAUGGUUGUAAGAGUGCAGCACAUUCCUGGAUCAUUGUCUCGCAUGUAGCAGUUGUUUACCAGUUCAUACAGACAGAGAUACAAAACUUGUGUGGAGGACUGUCUGAUAUUGUUUACAGGGUAAUCAAGUAGAUUUGAUGAUUCUGUUUUACAUUGUAAAAUCAUCUGUUUUUUUCUGACUCAAUUUUUGUGGUUUUUCAAAAAGAGCAUACUUAUUUGCACUUGAUUUUAUGGACAAAUCUUGCAUGUGAAAUCCACUAGUAAUAAAAACGUUUGUAAAUUAUCAUCUCUUCAUCAUGUUUCUGAUAAUACCCACAUAAACAUGAACGAGUUCAGAAUGUACAGAUCAAUAAAAUUCAGGACUCUGCUUCCUCAGGACAAUAAUCUGACCACCAGUUGGUUCUGAAGUAACUUUCUGUAUAUUUGACAUUGUUAAAGCGUAUGGAUGUUAGUGGGUUACACUUCAGCUGUCGCGUUUGACAAUGUUGCGCUAUAAGAUGCCUGUGUUUGGCUGUGCGGUUGUGUUUUCUGUCAUGUUGUUUCUAGAGAUCAUGUUAUGAGUAAAGUUUUCUGUCACCAUGAGAUUACCUGUUGCUAGGUAUCAUCUCGCCGACAAACGCCAGUGUACUGAUGACUUGUGCGACAAAACAUUGGUAUACUGGCAACAUGUGUUGAACGUUGGUGUACUGGCAAUUGCGUCAUGUGACCAUGUAGUGAAACUAUUUCUCACAAAAACAUUCAAUUGUAAUCAUUUACACUGAAGCCACAGUUAUAUUGUGCUAAAAAAGAAUGCUUUAUAUUAUCUACAUCGAAGACAUUAUGUAACUUUUAAAUAAUCUUUUUUUUCAUUCAUUGUGAGUGUUAAUAUUAAUUACUGGUCAAUACCUGUACAGUCAACAUAAUGCGAUCAUGUGAACAUGUAAGUUGCUAUGAUGAAACCAUGAAAAAUAAAAUACAUAUAAUUUUU